AGAUCAGCUGGAAAAUCUGUCGAGCGGCCGUCCGCGUGUGCCAGCGCCUCGGACACAGCGGGCGAGCGCGCGAUGGCCCGCCCCUCCUCGUCUCACACAGCUAGCCAACCCGCAGCCAGGCAGCCACAGAGCUAGCCUGGCAGCCAUUUACAGCCCAGUUUGUACCUGCUGACUGCGCGGGACACAGCUCGGGCGUGCGGCUGUGUCGGCGGCAGCGGCGGUAGUGAAGGAAGCGGUGAUCCGCGUUCGAGUUCGUGUUUGUGAAUAGGUGAAAAAAAAUUACAAAAAAAAACUUUCAUAAGAAAAAGGUUAUGAUAUCUCAGAGGUUGAAUAGACAUAUGGGGUCAGUUCAUAUGAAAAAUGUGAGCUACAUGGACCCCAAAUGGACCCCACGUUCCCAAUGCUAUUACGGGAGCAUGUGCAUUAUGGAGUGUUAAUAUAUAGAGAAGAGUUCAUUGCGUUAUAGUGUAGGAUGUACCUGAAGAGUGUAUGGUGAAAAAUUAUCACAGCAAGGGAGGGGUGACCCUUGUAAAACGUGAAAUGAUAACAGGGGGUCAUCAGUCCCAAUUGUAUUAAGACGCGCCUCUUUCAUAGUGAUAAAUUAAAUGUUUUUAAAAAAUGUGUGAUUCCAUUGUAGGAAAUUUGGUUUCUGAGAAAUAAAUAUAAAAGUGUGCAAGGAUUUCUUUAAAUAUUUAUAAAUGUGGUAUUAUGUCCUCGUUUGUGAAUUCCAGUGUUAAAAUGUCUAUAUAGAAAAUAUUUAUAUAUAUCUAAUUCUUUGUGUUCCUAGAAUAGAAAUCGCUUUGGUCCAAUGCAAGUAUAGGUGUUAAGUGUCGUUCCCAAAGUGUCGCAUACCCAUUUUCGAACGAAUAUCAUUUUUUAAGAAUAAAAAUAGAAUAUAAAAAGGAAAGGCAUCACAAACUAAAAAAAGAAAAAAAAGAGAGAUUUGAAGACAGAUCAAAAGAGAUCGAGAGCGAGAGUGCCAGUAAAAGAGCUUAUGGUGCCGUGUUAUGCAUGGUGCUGGUGAGUGCGGGCGGCCACCAUGCUCUCGGUGAUGGUGUCCGUGUGGUGGGCGUGGCUUGCGGCCGCCCAGCCCCACGACAUCCCGCCCUCACGCAAGAUCUGCACGUUCCAGGAGGGUACGCCCACGCCCUCACCGCAACGGCCGAGGCGCUCCUCCUCCAGGGUGUGUCGGAAGUGUCGCAAGUUUCGCGACGGGCCCAGGCGACACAGCUUCGACGUCGAGAAUGGCACCUCCCCGGGCCGAAGUCCCCUCGACGGGACUUCGCCCUCGGCGGGGCUCGUCCUCCAGAACUUUCCACAGCGGAGGGAAAGCUUUCUGUACCGCAGCGACUCCGACUUCGAGAUGUCACCCAAGAGCAUGUCGAGGAAUUCUUCGAUCGCCUCGGAAGGGUCACGAGUUAUGUUGGCCACCCUGAGCGAGUCUCGUGGGGCCAAUGACGACAGGCCGAUGUGAGUCUUGUCAUCUGCCUCUUUCUUCCCUCACCUUAAACAGCUUUCUUCACUGCCUCUCUCCCUUCGCCCCGUCUCUCUGCGGCAACAGCAACCUCGUCUACGAAAGAGAAAUAACUAAGAGAAGGAAAUACCUUCCACCUUUGAAUUCAGAUGAAUAUAAAAGACAAAGAUAAAAGAUUCGAUAAAAAGUCACAUGGAAGUGUUAUUCUAAUCGAAAGGUUAAGACGAGGAUGGGUUGUUGUCGUAUAUAGACGGUUAAAAAAGGUCCAGUUUUUUAUACUAUUAAAGAGAAAGAACUGGACCUCGGACAUGCCUGUAGACUUAACCACUCGUAGAUCUUCUGUCGUAGAUCGGGCGUAGAGGCUUGUUUUUAAAAAAUGCUUCACAAGUAGUUCGGACCGUAGGCCAUUCUUGAAGAAAAAAGAAGGCGGGAGUGCUUGUAUAGUAGACCAGUAACUAACACGAUACACCUUGCGUUUGUCGUCCUUCAGUAGUGUGCAUGUGGUCCGAGCUCGCCGACAGCACCCUAGUAUUACAUCACCGACUGACUCCGGUGCCACUCGUGACAUCCGGAAGUGACUGUGGGAAAAGGU